AUGGCACGCUCCAGCGCGGCCACCACGCCUGUCGCCUUUCUGUGUCUCAUAGCGGCGGCUGGCCGUUGGGCGGCAAACGCGUUUCCACGAUCCCCGAUAGGUGCCUCCUUGGGGAGCGAACAUGUCGUCGAGGAAUGGGGCUGGACGCCAGGAGCGGAUCGUCGGGGAGCCGCACGGUCGAGCAGCGUCCUCAGCGGAGGAGGGCCGUCGUCCGGUUCCGCUGCAGGCAAGGGCGGCGACGAGGUAGACCAUUCGCCCUCCUUGACUGUUGUCGGCCAGGAUAAUGGCGUGCUGAUUGGAGUGGGCCGCCUUGUGAUGCGAGUGGCGAACGCCGGCGGUCGCAUCACGAGUUGCAAGAUCGAUGGCGUUGAAACGCUCACGCAAGCAGACAGCCAGGCGGCGGAGUCCGGCGCAACAUUCUGGACUAGUCCGCAGGCCGAUUGGGGUUGGCCGCCGCCCGCGGCGAUUGACACUGGUCACUAUUCGGCCAAAUUUGGGGAGGGUUUGGUGAAGGUGACGGCCGACGAGGACAUCAGCUUGCGGGACACCACGGUGUCCGUUUCGAAGACGUUCCGGCCCGCCGGCGCCAACGCAAUAGAGGUCGUCUACGAUGUGACGAACACGGGGGAGUCGGACGUCACAAUGGCGGGAUGGCAGGUCACGCGCGUGGACCGCGGGGUGACUUUCUAUCCCACCGGACAGGGGGCGACGCCCGCGUCGUCGUUCGAAAUGAACACGUCCCUGGGCUAUUCGUGGGCAACCUACCCGGGCGUGGCCCAAAAGAACUUUGGGGAUGGCGCUGGCGGGUGGCUGGCGCACGCCCAGACUGUGGCCUCCACCGGCGUGCUCCUCCUUCAGCAGUUCGAAGACAUUGGGGCUGCGCAAUUUGCGCCGGGCGAGUCUGAGAUUGAGCUGUACGGGGACCCCGGCGGGCUCUACAUGGAGUUGGAGUGCCAGGGACCGUACACCUUUGUGCGGGGCGGCGGGACGCUGUCAUGGUCGGUGAUCUGGAAGGGGGAGGUUCUGGGGGCUGGCACAGCUAUCGCGGAAGGGAGCGCCGAUCUGGCGGACGCCGCUGAGAGGCUGAAGGGACAGGAUGCCAGGGAGCAGGGACGAGUGCUUCUUUCCCUGCCAAGGCAGCUCACAUGGGGGGGGCAGGACGGUGUGUCCAGGGACCGGAUGCAGCACAGGUGGUGA